AUGGGUUCGACAUACGAUUCCGGCAAUGAUGCCCUCUCGUCCCUAAGAUAUAUCCCCCAAUACUAUAACCAUGCAGACUCGCAAAACUCGGCUCUAAGGCUAGUCCUGACCCUCAACCCCGACUGGGAGGGCCCUGGCAACAACAUUGAGUUCGUGCGAUUCACAGACGGCAUCACCAAUACUCUGCUCAAAAUCAUUAAUCGCAAACCGGAAUGGACCGAAGAGCAAAUAGACCACGAGGCAGUACUCAUGAGAGCAUACGGUAACUGUACGGAACUUAUCAUAGACCGCGAAAGAGAAAUGAACUCUCACGCUCUACUCGCCAGCCGCGGUCUUGCCCCUGCGCUACUCGCCCGAUUCCAAAAUGGCCUACUGUACCGGUUCCUUCGAGGCACGCCCGCCAACCACAUUGAGCUGGCGCAUGCUCCUAUCUGGCGUGGUGUAGCGAGGAGACUUGGGCAGUGGCAUGCGGUUCUGCCAAUUCAAGGCAAACCUGCGUUCCCGGCGACAAAGGAGCUGCCCAUCGUGAAGAACCCAGUAGAAAUCGAGUCGGAGAUCUCAGACAAACCGGAGACGAACGGUCCCUUGAUCCAGCCUAGACACCCAGGACCCAACCUCUGGACGGUUCUGCAAAAAUGGAUUCUCGUUCUCCCGACUGCGACAGAAGAGCAACGAGAGAGACGUCAACGUUUGCAAGAUGAGCUCGAGCGCGUGGUUAAAGAGUUUGAUGAUGGAAAGGGCAUUGGAGAAGAUGGGUUGGUCUUCGCUCACUGCGACCUCUUGUGCGCCAACGUGAUCGCGACAGAAGAAUUGACCGAAUCUGGACCAGAUGAGGAAGUCAGAACAGUCCAUUUCAUCGACUACGAAUACGCUAAUCCCUCUCCUGCCGCAUUCGAUCUCGCCAACCACUUCGCAGAAUGGGCCGGCUAUGACUGCGACUAUAGCAUGGUACCCACACGCCCCAUCCGACGACAAUUCCUAUCCCAAUAUAUCCAGAGCUACAGAUGCCACCGCCAGAUUCCGGACUCGGCGCAUGAGGAGAUGGUCGGCCGGUUAUAUGAAGAUGUGGAUCGUUUCCGUGGUAUUCCUGGCUUAUACUGGGGCGUCUGGGCACUUAUCCAAGCACAAAUAUCGCAAAUCGACUUCGACUACGCCUCCUACGCUGAGAACCGUUUCGGCGAAUACUAUGCCUGGCGCCGCGAACAAGACGGCAGUCGAGCCCAAGAGGGCGCGGAAAUGCCCCUUCGCGAGCGACGAUGGGCGCAGGAAGCAUAA